GGAGUCGCCUGCAUCAGAAGCAGCCACCGCAGCGAUGAAUAGUCGCUGUGCGCGGAAGCGUCUCAGGCCGGGCGUGCCACACGUCUGGGCAGCGUCGAUGUCUUGAAUCGUCCCACGGUGCGCGGUUGGCGGCAUUUGCAGCUCUGAGUGGACCAAACGAGGCGCAGCGGCGUCUCGUCGCAGAUGCUUCUGCUCUCUUCUUGCUCCCCGUCCCACCUCGCAGGAACGGCGCGGCCUCGUGGAUAUCGCCUUGCUGCAUCGCGAACUCUUGCAUCCUGGUACAUUGUGCGAACCGUCGACGCGUGUGCGACGAGCCGGCGCGAGAUAAAUGUGUCGUCCUCCCACUGGCCAAGAUUGGACUCCAGUCGCCACGAGUCUGCAAGGGCCCUCACUCGGCACCAAGAUCUGCAGGCACGAGCACAGUCGAGAAUGAGCUGCUUUCCGCGAUCCAGUCACCCUCCCACAGCCUGGCAGAGCUGGCAGACGGAGCAGUAUGCCCACGGCAAUCCUGUAUAUACCAGCAAUGGGCACGCAAUGCCUGGCGACUACACGCAGAGCCAAAUGCACGUCCCAAUGACGCCGCCGCCGCCGUACGAUCCCGUCCAGAACCAGUAUGACUACGGACAACAGCCGAGCAGAGCAUUCUAUCUGCGGCCCGUGCAGAGUCAGCAACGGGUGCAUGUGCCUGCAGAAGCAAUAGCAAGACAAGAUGGCAGACUUCGAAGGCAGGCAUCGGCAUGGGCAUCUACAGUCGACCUUGGGCAAGUGUAUCAGAACACCGGAUCACAGCAGCAAGCAUGGCAGAGUAGUGUGAAUCUCAGUGCACCCCCUCUGCCAACGCGACCAGCUCCAAGACAGAAUGAUUGUCCUCUAGUACAAGCCAUGAAUCAAGGCUCGGCUUUGUGUGACCGAGUAGCAAAUGUUGCGGCCAGAGUGAACGAUGUUUUCGCGCGGAUCGACGACAGCGAAAGGGAGAGCGACGACGAGCUCGAAGAAGCUACGGGAGGACUCAUGACGAUCAACGAGAACGAGCCUACCAGCAGAAGCAAGUCCUCGCCUCUAGUAGACUUCAAGAAGACGUGGAUGUAUGCCAAUUCUCGUCUACCGCCGUUCAUGCUGCCCAUGAAGAUCUACAUUCCCACAUGGCAAAUCAUCUGCAUGGUGGCACAAGCUUCAUCAGAUGUAUACCGCAGACCACGACGAGGCGAGCGAGAAGACUUCGUCGAGGCAGAUUGGCAGCGAGGCACGAAGGCCAUGGUCAUCAAAACGCGUCCCGUUGAUGAUAAGAACAUCAUCGUGCUCGCGAUUCGAGGCAGCAAAACAUGGAAUCCCGUCGACUGGGCCAUCAACUUCAGAACACUACCCACUGAACCUAGUGGCUUUCUCGAUGAUACUGGAAAUGCUGUUCACGCUGGUUUCCUGCAGAUAGCCCGCGCCAUGGUCGCGCCCGUCGCCUCUCGCCUGCGAAGUAUGCUCGAGCAAAGCUACGCCCGUGGCCCUCCCUCACUGAUCCUCACCGGACACAGUGCUGGCGGAGCAGUAGCAAGUCUGCUCUUCAUGCACAUGAUGUCGACGAGCUUCGAAUCCGAACUGAACGAUCUCACAGGCUUCUUCAAGCGCGUGCACUGCAUCACAUUCGGAACACCGCCCGUCUCUUUCCUUCCACUGCAGAAGCCAUCAGGAAAGCGAUACGAACGCAACAUCUUCCUUCACUUCGCAAAUGAAGGCGACGUCGUCGUCAGAGCGGACAGAUCCUACAUGAGCACCAUCGUGCGAAUCGUAGCUGCUCCUUCACCCAUGUCAACCCCAACCACGACGAACACAUUACGAAAAUAUGCUUCACGACAGACAAUGAAAGGCGGAUACCAACCUGGAAACAAAUACCAACCACCACGAUGGGAAGUCCCACCGGCUACUCUUUCGAAUGCGGGCAGAAUGGUGUUGUUGCGAGAGAAACCCGGCAGCAAACGAAGAGCUAUCGAAGCUGUGCAGGUAACGGAUGAGGAAUUGAGGGAUGUAAUCUUUGGUGAUCCGGAAAUGCAUCGGAUGGAAUUGUAUAAGCAACGCAUUGAUGAACUUGCUGUUGCGGCUGUGACAGGACGUGACGAUGGAUGAACAGGACCUUUGCGACAUUGGAGACGCAGGCCAUAUGGUGGAUAUAAUAAUGAUUAAUGCCAGAUGAAUGAACGGAGC